AUGUAUCAUAACCGGUCUAACCCGUCCUCUCACAUCGAUCGAUACUCGAGCGGACCGCGGCGCGACAACCGCGAUUCUCGUGACUACGACUCUCGCGAUCGUCGCGAUAGCGAUUACUCUUCUCGUGGCUCCUACCGAUCUCGAGAUGACGCAAAGUCCGCUCCAUCCGAAUACGCCGGAUCAAGCUCAACCUCCUCGGGAAAAUAUCAGGAUCCUUACAAACUCACAUUUCAAGUUCCGUUCACUCAAUUCUGUGAGUGGGUCAAGCAAAAUCUCCCGGUCGAGGACAACCUACCUACCACCGACGAGCUAUAUUCAAAGUACGACAAGUACAAGCUAGAUCUGUACGCCCGGAUCGCCCGCGGGUUCGUCGUCCAGCAUAUCAAUGACGUGUGGUUCAAAGAGCGCUACGUCCCCGAGAUCGCAGAUCCGAUCAAAGGGAGCCUGGUUGAUUAUAGGAAGAAGCUGUAUGAUGAUUUUUUCGAAGAUUUGGAGUCGGGAAAAUAUGACCAAUUCUCUUUAGAUGGGUCUCGACCUGGCAUUCCCACAACCUCCAGUAAUGGAAAAGACGAGAUCAAACCCUCCGAUUCGGCCGCAAAGCCUGAAGCGACAGACGCGGCAACAAUGGAUGUCGACACGGCCGCCUCAGAGAAUGCCGAUUCCGAUCGCAAAAAAGAAGAUGAGGAAGGUGAGGAGGCCGUUCCAGAAGACGGUGAAGAGGCUACCGCCACAGAUCACUCCACAGCUUCGCAUGACCAGAAAGUCCUAAUCAUCAAAUCCAUCGCUCCAAAUAUCUCUCGCGCACAGCUCAUGGACCUAGUCAAAACUGUACCCGGCUUCCAGUUCCUAUCACUCUCAGAUCCAAACCCUACAAAGCGCUACUAUAGAAUCGGAUGGGUGAUGCUAUCUGACGAUAGCGACCCUAAAGUUGCCAUGGAAAUGCUCGAAGGAAAGUCAAUCUCGACCGCUGACGAAACUGGCUCGAGCGAAUUUUCCGAGUUUGUCGUGCACGUCGGUAUUCAUUCAAUGUCUCGACCUAUGAAGCGGAAAUAUCUUUUCCCGUACCUCUCUUCUAGCGCACAGAUUCGCAAGGAUUGCACGACAGCAAAAUCAGUCGCAGAAAAGUUCGAGAAAGAGUUCAACGACCCGAACUACUUGGGUGGAAUUGACAAAAUCUAUAGCCAUGCUGAGAAGCUUGCCACUGAGAGCUUUCGCGCUGCCUCUCUUGCAAAGAAAGAGGACAUAGACGAUCAGGAUGAGGAAGGGAUGGUCGUUGAAGAGGACGACGACUCUCGGCUUCAGGAUGAGAUCAGCAAAAAGCAGUUUGAUCUCACCUAUCUCUACCUCAGACUAGUGUAUGCCUUUUGUUUUUACUGUAUCUCAGGCUGUGACUCGAUAUGCGACCUGAAUAAGAAAUGUCCUGCUGGCCAUUUACGAAGGACAGCUCCAGGACCCGACGCGGACGAGGAGACGAAAAAGAGCUUUGAGGUUCCAGACGCUCGAGUUGAGCAAUGGCUGCGGUCAUGGGAGGAGAAGCUCAGUCUAUUCAUCACCCCAGGGUCGGCCAAUGUCACAAAAUAUGGAGGGUUGCCUAUUGACGAGCUGGUGGAGAAGGAGAUUUCCAGCCACGUGCGAAAUGAAGACGAGGCCAAGUCUCGAUGUAAAGUCGGUACGUGCACCAAGCUUUUCAAGGCGGAGGAAUUCGUAAAGAAACAUAUUGCCAAAAAGCAUCCUGAUUUCAUUGCUGCUGUUGAGCAAGAAGGUGCUCUUCUUAAUGCAUACGUCCUGGAUGCGUGCCGAAUUCUUCCUGCCCGCUCUGAAGGCCCGCUGCCGCUGGCACCAGUCGAUAGCACACCCGCCGAACCAGACUAUCAAAGCAUUUUCACAAGCUCAAACAUGGUUUCAAUCUUCGGCGGCCUACCGAUCGUGAUCCCACCCACUCUUCAGAACAACGGAAGAGCAGCGAGCGGUAACGGCCUCAAUGGGCUCCACCAUGCCGAUCCCUUUGAAGCCAGCCUAAUGUCGUCUUCCCCGCCAAGCUCGAAGAACAAGCGAUCGUCGCUGCCGUUCAACUCAAACACGCCCGUGAACAGAGGCCGGGACCAAGAAUGGCGCCCAAGUGACCGGAAUAGGGGCCCUCAUCGCUCGCGCAGUCCCCAGCCGCGCGACAGGGGCGACUACCGAGAUCGACGGGAGUACCGGGACCGAUCAGACUACCGCGACGACCGGCGCGACCGCGAUUACAGACGGGAUUAUCCUCCGAUCGACCGCUACCGCGGCCGCGGCGAGCGCAGUCGUGAUCGAGAUUACCGCGAUAGACCGCCUGCGAGAGAUGAUCCCAGGGCUGGGAAGGUCGGGGAUCCUAGAGGUCGGAGUCUGAGAAGUUAUGAGGACAUUGCACCUGAAAAGAUCGAGCUGGAGUAUUAG